AUGAAAUUAGGAUAUAAUGAAAUAAUGAUAACAUCAAUGUAUUUUAAUGAUAUUAAUGAUUUUAUUAAUUUAGAAAUGGGAAUUAAAAGAUUUAGAGGAAAUAUUGAACGAUUUCAUUUUAAUCCAAUUCCAUUAGAUGAAUAUUCAAGAAAAUUGUUUACUAAUAUUGAAACAUUUCAUAUUUAUAAUAAAUAUGAUGAAAUAUUUGAUGAUGGAAAAAUAUUUAAAUAUGUAAUAUGGUAUUUAGUAAGUUAUUCAAAAUAUUUACAAGAAAAAGAACAAGGAAAUAUCUAUAAAAAUAUAGAAUAUACAAAAGAAGAUAGAAAAUCAUAUGGAAAUACAAUACCAUCAGAAGUUAAAUCACUUGGAUAUGAAUGUUUUGAUGAAUGUAAAUCAUUAAUAUCAAUUAAUAUACCAUCAUCAAUUAGUGAAAUAGGAUAUGGUUGUUUUUCAGGAUGUUCAUCAUUAAAAUCUAUUAAUAUACCAUCAUCAAUUAAUGAAAUAGGACGUUAUUCUUUUGAAGAAUGUUCAUCAUUAACAUCGAUGAAUAUAGACAAUCUACAAUUUGUAAGUGAAGAAAGAAUAUUUAUGAAUGAACCAGUGUUAUUUAGUACUGAAAUACCAAAAACUCUAGAAAUAAUCAAUGGAAAGAAUAUUGAAAAGAAAGAUAUUAAUGAAUUUAUUAUUCCAUCUUCAAUUACUAAAUUAGGAAAAUGUUGUUUUUAUGAAUGUUCAUCAUUAAAAUCAAUUAAUAUACCAUCAUCAGUUAGUGAAAUAGGAUAUAAGUGUUUUAAUAAAUGUACAUCAGUAAAAUCAAUUAAUAUACCAUCAUCUAUUAAUAAAUUAGGAUAUUGGUGUUUUUAUGGAUGUUCAUCAGUAAAAUCAAUUAAUAUACCAUCAUCAAUUACAUCAUUUGGAUGGGGAUGUUUUUAUGAAUGUGGAUGUGUUGAAGAAUUAAAGAAAAAUAAAAGAAUACCAAGAGAUUGUUUUAACAAAUGGUGA